CACAUGCACUAGCCACUAGACACUAGUACACGACUAAACUACAAUUCCAAAGAGUCAAAAUCUAUCAAGUAUUUUUUUUUUUUCAAGAUAAGAUUUCUUAUCGUAAUAUAGGAAAUGUGUGGCUUAAGAUCCACGCAUGAUUAAAACAAAUCCCUAAACACUUUGUCUAUGAAAUAUAACCAUCUGCUUGUAAGGUCAAAUUGUUCAAAGCAUCAAAUAAGUAAAUAAAAACUCUUUUAUGUUCACCUUUUUCACUAUCCUCUCUUUGUGUUUCAAAUCGUGGGAACAAAUUAUCACAAUGGAGGCUUCUAAAGAAGCUCAUCACCUUCCAAACUACAUGAAAGACGACAACGUUAGUCAAGAAACCAAGAACUUGAUCACUUCUCUACCUUCAGACAAAGAUUUCAUGGGUUAUGGUCUCUACAACUACAAAGGUUGUUGGUACUAUCCAAACACACUCCAAGCCGUUCUUGACGUCCAAAAACACUUCAAGCCACGAGAUACUGAUAUAAUCCUCGCUUCUUUGCCCAAAGGUGGAACCACUUGGCUCAAAUCCCUAAUUUUCGCUGUUGUACAUAGAGAAAAGUACCGCGGAACCCCUCAAACACAUCCUUUGCUCUUACAAAACCCUCAUGACCUUGUCCCAUUUCUUGAGGUUGAGUUAUACGCUAAUAGCCAAAUUCCGGAUCUCGCAAAGUAUUCUUCUCCUAUGAUCUUUUCUACACACAUGCACUUACAAGCAUUGCGUGAAGCCACCACAAAAGCUUGCAAAACCGUAUAUGUGUGUAGAGGUAUCAAAGAUACGUUUGUCUCCGGCUGGCAUUAUAGAAACAUGUUGCAUCGCACCAAGAUGGAUCAAGCCACUUUUGAGCUCAUGUUUGAUGCUUAUUGUAGAGGAGUUCUCUUAUAUGGACCUUAUUGGGAACAUGUAUUGAGCUAUUGGAAAGGGAGCUUGGAAGCAAAGGAGAAUGUUCUUUUCAUGAAGUACGAAGAGAUAAUUGAGGAGCCUCGUGUUCAAGUCAAGAGACUCGCCGAGUUCUUGGAAUGUCCAUUCACCAAGGAAGAAGAAGAAAGUGGAUCGGUGGAGGAGAUCUUGAAGUUGUGUAGUUUACGAAAUUUAAGCAAUUUGGAGGUUAAUAAGAAUGGGACAACGAGAAUUGGUGUAGAUUCUCAGGUGUUCUUUAGGAAAGGUGAAGUUGGUGAUUGGAAGAAUCAUCUUACGCCACAAAUGGCGAAAACCUUUGAUGAGAUUAUUGACUAUAGACUAGGAGACUCCGGUUUGAUAUUUCAAUAAGGUUGUGUUGUGUUUUUUUUCUUUUGUCAUCCGAAAAUAAAUUAGGACUCAAACGAGUCAUUCUUGAGAAAUGUUAUGUUGUAUUCUUAGCUUUGAAAUUCCAUGUUUCUUCUUUUUAUGAACUUAGUUGAGUCAAUUUUCGCUAAAAUAAUUUGUGUACUAAUCAGUUACGUAAAUAUAAGAACAUUAGAACC